CCCCUGACCUCUGUCUGGACAGUGUUGAUUGGCCCUGUGCUGAUCACAUGCACUCUGCCAAGAAAAAUAAACCUCCCAAUACCCACCAAAGUGAGCAUGUGCAGAGUGACUCCACAUGAUAUGUGUUAUCAGGAGAUAAGAGAGGGACACUGGAAGAAAGGGAGGAUCAGAGAAGAAAGGAUCAAACAGCCUUUUUGAACAAUGCAGAGGAUUAACCCCUUAGGUUCCACGGUGAGUAUAACAAGUAUGCUUUACUGCAUAUAGAGAUUGAUUUUACUGUUGUGGGUUUAGUAACACUU